ACCAUGGCGUAUUCCACCGUACAGAGAGUGGCCCUGGCCUCGGGGCUCGUCCUGGCUGUGUCGCUGCUCCUGCCCAAGGCCUUUCUGUCCCGCGGAAAACGGCAGGAGCCGCCGCCGGCACCCGAAGGAAAGUUGGGCCGGUUUCCACCAAUGAUGCACCAUCACCAGGCACCUUCAGAUGGCCAGAUACCUGGAGGUCGUUUCCAGAGAUCCCACCUUGCAGAAGCAUUUGCAAAGGCCAAAGGAUCAGGUGGAGGCUCUGGAGGAGGAGGUAGUGGAAGAAGCCUGAUGGGGCAGAUUAUUCCCAUCUAUGGAUUUGGAAUCUUUUUAUAUAUACUGUACAUUCUGUUUAAGCUCUCAAAGGGGAAAACAACUGCAGAGGAUCGGAAAUGCUCUACUGCCACAGCAGGAAACACCCACAGGAAAAUUACCAAUUUUGAGCUUGCUCAACUGCAAGAAAAACUGAAGGAGACAGAGGAAGCCAUGGAAAAAUUAAUCAGCAGAGUGGGACCGAAUGGGGAGAGAGCACAGACUGUGACUUCUGACCAAGAGAAACGUUUGCUACAUCAGCUUCGAGAAAUCACCAGAGUCAUGAAAGAAGGAAAAUUCAUUGACAGCACCUCCCCAGAGAAAGAAGCUGAAGAGGCACCUUACAUGGAAGACUGGGAAGGUUACCCUGAAGAAACUUAUCCAAUUUAUGACCUUUCAGACUGUAUCAAGCAUAGGCAAGAAACAAUCCUGGUGGAUUAUCCUGACCCAAAAGAGCCUUCUGCUGAAGAAAUAGCUGAAAGAAUGGGACUGAGAGAAGAGGAAGAAUCAGGCCAUUUGGGUUGGGAAAGUCUGCCCACUGACCCCAGAAUCCAGGAAGAAAAUUCUGUUACCUCAAGUGACCCUAAAGGAGAAACACAUUCCUGCUGUUUUCAUGAAGAAGAGGAUCCUGCUGUCUUGGCAGAGAAUGCUGGAUUUAAUGCAGAUAGCUACCAUGAGCAAGAGGAAACCACCAAAGAAGAGUGGUCCCAAGACUUUAGAGAGGAAAGUUUAGGUAGCAACGCUGAUAAACUAUUUACAGGUAGCAUGUUGAGAAAGCGUAACCCCCAAGGUUUAGAGUGA